AUGGAGGAGCAGGUGAAGAAUGAGUGGAAGGACAUAGAGAGAAGGAUUGGGGGGGCGCAAACAGCUACUAGUAUUCCUCCAAGCUUCAUCAUCCAUCGACUCUCCUUCGAUUUUAUACCCCCCAGGCUCUCGCUCGCUGCGAUUAACCUUCGACUGGCUGCAGUCCCCCGCUUCCGUUGCCAUUUGCAAACGAUAGGAGGAAGGCCGGUGCCUGCAGCGCACAAUGCCGCAACGAUGUGUGGCCCUGGCAGUCGUGCAGCAAGGAUGUGGGAACACUGGGAGCUGCCGCGCGGGAUAUACAUGUGCCUAAAACCUGCUCCAUUCCCCGUUUAUUCUCCACACACACACUUCCAGGCAACUAUCGAGCACGCACCACCCCCUCCCCUCACCCAAUACCCCCCGCUCAGUGGCCCUUUCCCCGAAUUCUGCAUGGCACCACUUUCGACUGCAAUUACCUUCAGAUCAAGGCGAUCACCAACACGGAGCAAGGGAGGGCGGGGCCUUGGAUAUAGAAAAUCGUGGGCUUGGAAUAUCCAUUUUUCUUCUUCCUUCUCUCGCAAAUGUCUCGCCCGCCAAACAUGA